GCUGCGGGGCGGGGCCGCCUGUCAAUCGCUGUCAGUCGGUGUCGGGGCGGCGGCGGCGGCGGUGGGUCCCCCCAUGGCAGCGGCGGGGCCCGCGGCGGCCGCGGCUCCCGCUCGGCUCCCAGCGGCGGUGGCGGCCGGGAGAAGCCGCGGGCCCCCCCCUCGGAGGCAGCCGGUGGUCGCUAUGGCAGCGUCUCGCAGGUGAAGCCCCAAAAUCGCCACAUUCGGCCCCACCAUGGCGUCUCCGGCCGCCAGCCCCGACUCGUCCGUCCCCUCGGGUCCGACGUCCGACUCGGAAAACCUGAGUCCCGAUGAACUGGAGCUACUGGCCAAACUGGAGGAGCAGAACCGGCUGCUGGAGGCCGACUCCAAGUCGAUGCGGUCGGUGAACGGCUCGCGCCGCAACAGCGGCUCCUCGCUGGUGUCCAGCUCCUCGGCCUCAUCCAACCUCGGCCACCUGGAGGAGGACACCUGGAUCCUCUGGGGCCGCGUCGUCAACGAGUGGGACGAGUGGCGCAAGAAGAAGGAAAAGCUGCUUAAAGAGCUCAUCCGCAAAGGGAUCCCCCACCACUUCCGCGCCAUCGUGUGGCAGCUGCUGUGCAGCGCCACCGACAUGCCCGUCAAAAACCAAUACUCCGAGCUGCUCAAGAUGUCGUCGCCCUGCGAGAAGCUGAUCCGGCGCGACAUCGCCCGCACUUACCCCGAGCACGAGUUCUUCAAGGGCCAGGACAGCCUGGGCCAGGAGGUUCUUUUCAACGUCAUGAAGGCCUAUUCGCUGGUCGACCGGGAGGUCGGGUACUGCCAGGGCAGCGCCUUCAUCGUGGGGCUGCUGCUCAUGCAGAUGCCCGAGGAAGAGGCGUUCUGCGUGUUCGUGCGGCUGAUGCAGGAGUAUCGCUUGCGGGAGCUCUUCAAACCCAGCAUGGCCGAGCUGGGGCUCUGCAUCUACCAGUUCGAGUACCUGCUGCAGGAACAGCUGCCAGAGCUGAACGUCCACUUCCGCUCACAGAGCUUCCUCACCUCCAUGUACGCGUCCUCCUGGUUCCUCACCCUCUUCCUCACCACCUUCCCGCUCCCCGUGGCCACGCGCGUCUUCGACAUCUUCAUGUACGAGGGGCUGGAGAUCGUGUUCCGCGUAGGGUUGGCUCUGCUGCAGUUCAACCAGGCCGAGCUCAUCCAGCUGGACAUGGAGGGGAUGUCCCAGUUCUUCCAGAAGGUGAUUCCGCACCAGUUUGACAGCUGCCCGGACAAGCUCAUCCUCAAGGCCUCGCAGGUCAAGUUCAACGCCAAGAAGAUGAAAAGGCUGGAGAAGGAGUACGCGGCCAUCAAGAACAAGGAGAUGGAAGAGCAGAUUGAGAUCAAGCGGCUCCGCACCGAGAACCGGCUGCUCAAGCAGCGAAUCGAGACCCUGGAGAAGGAGAGCGCGGCCCUGGCCGACCGCCUCAUCCAGGGCCAGGUGACACGCGCGCAGGAGGCCGAGCAGAACGACGUGAUCCGGCGGGAGCUGGCGGUGGCCAAGCAGAAGUGCAGCUCGGCCACCCAGAACCUGCAGCGCGCACAGAGCACCAUCCGCCAGCUGCAGGGACAGCAGGGUGACGCGGAGCUGGUGUCGCGGCUGCAGUCGGAGCUGCAGCGCUCGCGGCUGCGGGAGAGCGAGAGCCGGGGGCAGCUGCGGCAGCUCCAGCACCGCCUGGGGCUGCUCGAGAAGCAGAGCACGCUGCCCGGGGAGGCUCCGCUGCUGCGGCUGCAGGAGGAGCUGCAGGCGCUGGGGCUGCGCGAGGCCGAGGCCGCCCAGUCGCUGGCGCAGCUGCAGCAGCAGCUCAGGGACCUCAGUGACACCUGGCAGGACGUCACCGAGCUGCGGGACGUCCCGGCGCUUCAGGGGGACCCGGCGCUGCAGGACGUCACCGAGCUGCAGGAUGUCACGGCGCUGCGGGACGUCACCGCGCUGCAGCGGGCGCUCGUGGCCGCGCGGCUGCGGGAGGCGCAGGCCCAGGGGCAGCUGCGGGGGCUGCGCGUGCGGCUGCUGCAGCUGGAGACACAGGGUCACCUCCUGCAGGAGCAGCUGCGGGUGACGGUGACACAGGUCACCUCCUGCAGGAGCAGCUGCGGGGUGACGGUGACACAGGCGCAGGGGCUGCAGGCGCAGCUCAGUGAGAGCCACCGCAAACACGCCGAGGCCCAGUGCAAGAGCAAGGAGGAGGUCCUGGCCGUGCGGCUGCGUGAGGCCGAGAGUCUGGCGGCCGUGGCCGAACUGCGGCAGAGAGUGGCCGAGCUGGAGAUCCAGCGUGAGGAGGGGCUGCUCCAGGGCCAGCUCGACCACUCGGACGCCGCCCAGUACAUCCGGCAGCUCAAGGGCCACAUCGAGGAGCUCAAGGCCGAGAUCCGGCUGCUGCGGGGCCCCCUGCCCUUUGGGGCGGUGGCCUUGGGGACACGGCUUGGGGACGAGGACUCGCUGGGCUCCUCGGAUGACGAGCUGCCGCCCUUCGCCCACGGGGACAUCAGGACCUCGGGGACAUGGGGGACAUUGGUGACAGCAGCGACAGCGAGGCUGAGGGGACACCUGCAGCACCGUGACCCUUGGGGACACCGGAGACAUCAAGACCAAGGGGAUGUCAAAGACAUCGGGGACAUCAAGACUGAGGGGACACGCAGCACCAUGACCCUUGGGGACAUCAGGGGACAGCGAGGUUGAGAGACAUCGGGGACAGUGAAACUGAGAGGACACCUGCAGCACCGUGACCCUUGGGGGACAUCAGGGGACAGCAAGACUGAGGGGACACCUGUGGCACCGUGACCCUUGGGGACAUCGGGGGACAGCAGCCACCAGCAAGACCAAGGGGACAUCAGGGGACAGCGGUGACAGCCCAAGGGGCCACCACUGACCCAUGGGGGACCUGCCAGCCCUAUGACAACCAGGGGACAACCUGGGGACACUGAGGGGACACCCAGGGGACAUUCAGAGGGCACUGAGGGACAUGAGGGGACACUGAGGACACCCACAGCUCCCAGGGGACAUUAGGGGACACCCACAGACCCCGGGGGACCCUGAGGACCCUCAGGGGUCAUGAGGGGACACUGAGGGUCACCCAAGGUCAAGGUCACAGCUCUGGGUCUGCCCCAAGCGCUGGAUCGAUCCCCAGAGGAUCCCGGGACCCGCUGGAUCCCAAACAGCUGCAUCGAUCCCAUGGGGGGGUCCCAAGGACCCCCUGGAUCCCUGUGAUGGAUCCUGAACCCCUGGGGGACCCUGAGUGCCACUGGAUCCCAAACAGCUGCCUCGAUCCCACUGGGGAUCUCUGGGCCCCACUGGAUCCCUGAGAUGGAUCCCGCAGCCCCCGUGGAUCCCAUUGACCAACUGGAUCCCAGAGACGGAUCCUGCACCCCCUGUGGGGUUCCAGGGAUCUACUGGGUCCCUGAUGUGGAUUCAUGCGCCCCAGGGGAUCCCAGUGACCCUCCGGAUCCCUGGGCUGGAUCCUGCACCCCCAGGGGAUCCCAAGGACCCAGCAGAUCCAAAAAGGGUGGAUCCGGCACCCCUGUGCAUCCUGAGACCUGCUGGAUCUCCCGGAGAUCAAUCCUGUAGGGGAUUCCAAGAGCCACUGGAUCCCAAACAACUGCAUUGAUCCCACGGGGGAUCUCCAGGCCCCACUGGAUCCCUGUGGUGGGUCCUGCACCUGGGGGGACCCCAUGGGCCCACUGGAUCCCUGUGAUGGAUCCUGUACCGGGGGGGGGAUCCCACGGGCCCACUGGAUCCCUGUGAUGGAUCCUGUACCAGGGGGGAUCCCAGGGUCCCACUGGAUCCCUGUGAUGGAUCCUGUACCAGGGGGGAUCCCACGGGCCCACUGGAUCCCUGUGAUGGAUCCUGUACCAGGGGGGAUCCCAAGGGCCCACUGGAUCCCUGUGAUGGAUCCUAUACUGGGGGAGAUCCCAAGGCCCAAGCAGAUCCCAAAGGGCGGAUUCUUCACCCCCGUGGAUCCCGAGCCCCAGUGGAUCCCUGAGCAGUGGAUUCUGCACCCCCCAGGGGACCCCAAGAUCCCCCCGGAUCCCAAACAGCCGCAUCCACCCCCUGGGGAGGCCCAGGAAGCCACUGGAUCCCUGAGCGGUGGAUCCUGCCUCCCUGGAUGCCCCCGAUCCCCACAGAGGGGCCCGAUCCUGGGCGUUUGGGGGGGGUCCUGACACUGGGAGUGGAUCCCAAACACCCCCCCCCCCCCCCGCCACCAAACUGCUGUUUGUACUGGGACAGAAAUACAGACAGUGGGACAGACAGA